CAAAGACAACCCUUAGUUCCCCUUCCUAUUUCUUUUUGCACCCUUUCCUAGUCUCCCCGUGUGCUUUGCAAUUUUUAAGAUUCUUUCUUCUUGAUUUCCUUUCCUCUGCUCUCCUUUUUUUUUUCCUUUUAUUUAUUUAUUUUUUUUACUUUUCUUCCAUGGCAUCUUCUGGCACCGGCACUAGCUCUCCUUGUGGUGCAUGCAAGUUCCUCCGCAGGAAAUGUGCCUCUGAUUGUAUCUUUGCACCUUACUUCUGCUCCGAACAGGGUCCUGCUCGCUUUGCUGCCAUUCAUAAGGUCUUUGGUGCCAGUAAUGUCUCAAAAUUGCUAUUGCAUAUCCCGGUUCAUGAUCGUUGUGAGGCGGUUGUAACCAUUGCCUAUGAGGCUCAGGCUAGGAUCCGUGACCCUGUUUACGGCUGCGUCGCCCAUAUUUUUGCCUUGCAACAACAGGUGGCAUGUUUGCAAGCUCAAUUGAUGCAAGUUAAGGCUCAACUUGCCCAAAACGUCAUGAAUUCACAUAACGUGGAAAAUCUUCAGUGGCAAGGCAACAUUUCCGGGGUGCCAGCACCGGCUUAUCCACCCUUUAUGAAUCCAAUUUCUCCGCAAAGUUCUCUCGAAAGUACUGUCGAACACAGCCCUGAUGGCAUGGACAUGCAAGACAGGGAGGAAUAUCUUUCUUCAUCAAUCCAAGGUUAUCCUAAGAAGAGACCAUACAACAACGAUCUGGGUGAGCUUCAAGCACUUGCCCUUAGAAUGAUGAGGAACUGAGUAAUUAAUCAUCAUGUCUCUUUUGCGAAUUAUGAUGCUCUUUGCAUCUACAAUUUAAUUUGCCAGAAAAUAAAUGUGUAUACGUAGAAAAACUUAAGAGUAACUUCAUAAUUAAGCCCUUAAUCUGUGCAUUUCUUAUUUUGUUCAAUCAAAAUACUAUCCAUGAAACUUAAAACUUUUACUCAGAAGCAAGUAGAAAUACUUUCUGUCUUUUGGUGUGGGAAUGAAUUAAUUAAUUAAUC